AUGCCCCAUUUGCACCACGAUGCAGGAAUGAGUGCCAUGGACCACAGCAGCACCCCGCCACCUCAUCACCAUCCCCCGCACACCUCGGGGCACCACUCCCACAGCGGCAGUGCACACACGUCCAUGACGAUGCCCAUGACCUUCUACUUUGGCUACAAGAACGUGGAGCUGCUGUUUGCUGGGCUGGUGAUCGACUCGGCUGGAGCCAUGGCCGGGGCUUUCCUGGCCGUGUUUCUGCUCUCCGUGGGCUUUGAGGGACUCAAGAGAGCCCGCGAGGAGCUUCUGAACAAGACCCAGCAGUGCACGCCUGUCCCUGGACCCACAGGAAACUGCCCCCCAGAGAAGCCCCAGAGUGCCUGCCAGCGACUGCUGAGGUGCGACCUCCUGGUGCAGACGGCCCUACACGUGCUCCAGGUGCUCCUGAGCUACCUGCUGAUGCUCACGGCCAUGACCUACAACGCCUACCUGGGCCUGGCGGUGGUGGCGGGCGCGGGCACCGGCUACUGGCUCUUUGGAGGGAAGAAGGUGCAAGACGUGGCUUCUCCGGACCUUGACUCGAGUAAGGUGAAGAUCCAUGAGUUUCCCUUUAAAAAUUUCCCCUGGGAGCCUUCUCUGGAGCCCCACUUUCCUGAGUUCUCUGUGUCACUUCCAGAGAAUAUAGAGCUCUCGAAGUCGGCCUUCUCUGACAUCAGUGCUUGGCCUCUGGAAAAUCAAGCACCUGCUUGGCCUUCCCUCCGUCCCUACCCGGAUGCUGAAUAUCUUUGGCCGGAAACUCACUUCUAUGGCAGCUGGGCUAGCAUCUGA